GUCGUCUCUCUCUCUCUCUCUCUCCAUCCUCCCACAACAUAACACUGAAUCACAACACAAUGGGGCUGUAAUGUCAGCGACGGGCGAGCCUGGAGCGUCUUCUCAACAGUACUGACUCUGUGUAUGGAUUUAAUGAUGAUGAAAAAGAAGAAGUUUAAGUUCAAGGUGGAUUUCGAGCUGGACGAGCUCUCCUCGGUGCCCUUUGUCAACGGUGUCCUCUUCUGUAAAGUCAGACUGCUGGACGGCGGCUUCUCAGAGGAGUCUUCUCGGGAGCCAGUGCAGGCCAACUGUGUUCGAUGGAGGAAACGCUUCUCUUUCCCCUGCAAGAUGAGUGCCAAUGCAGGCACAGGUGUACUGGACCCUUGUGUGUGUCGUGUGUCUGUCAGAAAGGAGCUGAAAGGUGGGAAAGCAUAUGCAAAGCUUGGUUUUGCAGAUCUGAAUUUAGCAGAGUUUGCCGGCUCAGGGAAUACAACCCGCAGAUGUCUGCUGGAAGGCUACGAUACCAAAAAUACUCGCCAGGAUAACUCCAUUCUCAAGGUUAUCAUCAGUACACAGCUCAUGUCAGGGGAUCCCUGUUUUAAAACGCCCCCCUCUACAGCCACAGUGAUCGGGAUCCAGGGUGAUGGAGAGAGUCUGCUGGAGGAGAGGAGGGGAGGGGACUCACAGAAAGGCUGUUCUGCAGAGAGUCGAGAAGGGAAGUGUCCUGUUGUUUCUGAUGAGCUUGGGGGCUGCGGCCACUCCCGAACGUCCAGCUACGCCAGCCAACAGUCCAAACUCUCAGGUUACAGCACAGGUCACUCCCGCUCCUCCAGCAUGUCAGAGUUCAGCCACCGGAGAAACCAUUCAGUGGGCAGCGCCUCAACGGGCAUCGGCAGCAUCCCAGAGCCCAGUGAGGACCGGGACAGAGAGUCCAGACCCUGUCCUGCUCUACCGGAACACCCCGCCCCCACUGCCACCACUAGCAACCCAGCGGGUACACCAGUACGGAACGCCUCAUCCUGUGAACGACUCAACAGACACCCAGUGAAGCAGGACUCCAUGGAGUCUCAGCUAAAGAGAAUGGACGACACGCGGGUGGACGCUGACGAUGUUGUGGAAAAGAUUCUCCAGAGUCAAGACUUUACACCCAGCCUACUGGACUCCAGUGCUGAAGAGGAAGGCCUGCGUCUGUUUGUUGGCCCUGGGGGAAGUACAGCCCUGGGAAGCCAUCAUCUUCCCACCAGGGUUGGUGCUGGAGCGUACGAGCAGGUGGUGAUAAAACGUUAGACCUGAAGCCUAUCAGAGGUGGACUGACACUGCUUACAUAAAAAAAAAAAAAAAAUGGAUGCAAGCCUGUGUCCAUUUCAAUCUGCAUUCCUACAGCACACACAUUACCUGAUCAGCACAGUGUCUGACCUGAUCACUCGGUGAACAGUUGACGUUACAACAGUGCCCUCCUGUGUUCAUAUCUCCUACAUGCAGCUCCCUGAUAAGAUUUUAAAGAGCGAGAGGUACACAGCCAUCAACUCGGUGUAAAAAUACAAAUGUGAAUUAAGAGAAAUGACGCAUUGACCAGAUUGUUCCAAACAAACUGAACCUGUCAACUCUUCAUUUUCUGGGUGUAUGCGCAUCUUUUUGAGGUCAAUGCUGUGACUCCGCACCCAAACACACUCGAUUUAAACCGUUAGAAAACUGGAGGAAAACAUCAUCUCUAAUGUAGGACAAAAAGGACGAGCGCCGUGUGCGCAUCAUCAGAACGAACUGAACUCUACACUGAAGAGGAGUAUGCCAUGUGAUUUCAAUACAUUCCCUUCGUCUCUCUGUGUUUGUUUUGGACUUCCUUCUCAAAUAGGACGUUCCAAUUAGUAUUUGCCUAUAAGCUGCUAAAAAGCUGUAGUUGUUGGCACUCUGUGACGGCCGUGGGUGUUUUUGAAGGAGAAUAUUUUACUACAUAGACGAGGCAUCAGACUUGAGCUAUUUGACGUGUGAACGUGGACGGUGCGUGAAUGUAUGUGUAUGUGGUUGAGGCCACUUUUAUUAAUUAGUAACAGUUAUCCUGUUAUCUUCGAGUGGAGGGAUGUGACAUGAUCUUCUUUAAGGAAUACUAUAUUUGUAUUUGCGAAAUGGGAGAACAUGACAACUUGCUUACUUGAUAUCGUAGGAGUUCCUUGUUCUUAUUUGUUUUGCUGCUGAGGAUUGUUUUAGAAAAUCCUGCAGUACUAAUCUGCUCUCUCUAAAAAAAAAUCUAACUUUUUGACAUUUGCUUAACUAUAUGAAAUGUACAAUUUCUUUUAAAAUCUGCAGUUACCAGAAAUGGGAACUUAUUCAAACCCCAGUAACUGCAUUCUGGCUUCAUAUUGUUCCCAACGUUGCAGUAAAUACACUUUGUUUUGGGCUCUACAAGCUUUUAUGACAUUUACUGCACUCUGUCACUGAAAGGCAGCAAAAGUGUUAUAUCAAGUGAAAGGUAGAUGGUGAGAUGCCUUAGCUAAACUUAACUAAAAUUUACUUACAGAUUUUUCCUAUGCUAUUAAAAAUAUCCAUUUUUAUGAACGGAUAUCUUGGUUAAUUCAGUUUUUUAUUCCAUAUAACUAAAAGCAGUAGUUCAAUCCAAUCGUAAGAGACAAUAACCUAGCUAACCCUAUCUACCUAAGGGUAACUAUCUUAGCAGAUUUCAGCAAAAUCCAUCUAUGCUUUUAACUCAAAUUCAUGUGCUUUGGUGUGAUUAAGCUCAAAUCACAUAUUUCAAAAGGUAUUAGAUUGUACAUUAAAGUAUGUAUAUUAUUUUUUAUUAAUUUCAAUAUAAAUGUAUUAAUAGAUAUAAAGACACCCAGAAAAACAGAUACAUUUAACUCCUAUAAUCUAGACUAUAAAUAAUCAAAAUAAAGUUUAUUUUCUUAAACUAGUUUAAAAAGGACAAGAAAGCUGAAGGAGCACUUACAAACUGUGUAUACCCCUUAAAUUCCCUAAAGAUUAUCCAAAGGUAGAAUGCAGUUUUUUGUUUAUUUCUUUUUUAGGUAUUACGUAAAUCAGCCUAAAAAGUAAAAAUGAAGAUAUUACUUCUGUCAUGCAGUUUUCUAGCCUUUUUCGGCCCCCAAACGUACUGCUUCUGUAAGGUCCUGCUCUCUGCCUUUUGUAGAGCAGUAAAUACCGACUAUAAUAGGGGCUUCUAUGAUGAAUAUCACUAUAGAAGGGCAUCUAUCUAAUGCCCAGCAUUUCAGCUACGUAUCUAUUGUAUAACUACGCUUUGCAACUCAACUACAUCUCUCUGAGCUGUCCUGUUGACCAGGAAGCUUGCAUCAGUGAACAAAUGGAAGAUCCUGUGACGUUACAACGAUUUCAUUUAUGUGCAACUGAUGCAUACUGUAGUUUGUUUCACUUUAGGAUUGUACAGUAAAGGACUAGUUAAGUAAUCCACUGCCAUGAAGAAAAUAUUCAACAGCACCUGUCUUUUAAAAAGACCCAGGCUAAUAGUUCUGUGUGUGUAUGUAUAUCUCCUAACAUCAAAUCAAACUAUUGGAACUGAGAACAGUCUAAUAACCAGUCUAAUAACCAAUGCAUUCAAUACUUGAUUAGUGCUACAAAUAGAAAUCUAACAAUAUAAAUCUGCUGAGAGUUUUGAAAUCCUGAUAGUGGCACGCAUGUUGACUAUUUGCAUUUCCAGCCCAAUAGGAGAUUAAGUGCAUAAUUUCUUCAGUUUAUUAGCAAAUUAGCCAAAGUACACAACACACUGUUAUUACCUGGGAACGGUCAGGCCUAUGCAUACUGAGGAUAUUAUUACAUUAUAACUAGUGAAAACAGACUGUACAGUAUCUGUAAUCUUCUGUCUCCUGUCAUAAGCCAUAGUAGAGGUAGGAUACCUCCUCUUCUAGAUAAACUAUAUUCAUGUUCUAUCAAUAUCUGCACAAGCGUCAUCAGUGUAUGGUGUUUUAACUAUACGUCAGUGUUCUCUGUUUUUAUGUUCGUAUGUUCUGCAUGAGAUGUCCUUUUGUUAGCUUGCAGAACUGACACAUCUUCAUGUUAACCUAAUUUAAUAUUGUGCCAUCUGUUAUUCUGGAUAAUUCCACAUCGAAGGAACAUUUUCGCUCGUCUAUUUAGCAUGUAGGAAGUCAUUCUGUUCUCAUAACUUCAUGUUAAAGACAGAUAUCUGCACAGUGUAUGAUGUAACUGUAAGUCAGUGUUCUCAUUUUGUUUCUUUUUAUUUUCGGCAUGGUUUAAAUGUCCUACAUUAAGUCACAUCUAGAGGAUAUCAUCGUCUUUGUUUUUGAAUCUUAUAUUGCUGAUAUUGUGCCAUAUUUUUGCUAAAUAUUUUAUUGUUAAGGACAAAAAAGUGUUCUCACUACAUAGUUAAGAAAGUGUUAAGUGUUUGAUUUAUGGCUACCAAAUAUCAACUAUUGGAGGUUUUUUGUGUGUUUUUUGGAUAAAAAUCACUUGUUUUACCUGUGUGAUACAGGUAUGUUCAUCUUGGUACCUAACAUGUUGUUACAAACAUGGUUUCUUCUCUUCUGUGAAGCUGUUGUCUAUAUAAAAACUGUAAAAUGUAUUUUCCUGUUAAGUGAUGUUCUGCGCUGCGCUGUUCUGACACUGUCCAGUGUUUCCUGUUACAGACUUGUUCUUUCGACCAACAUUUGCUUCCUUAACAAGUGUACUGGAUGCUUCAAAUGUGUACCUUGCACUGUUGAAUAAAACAGUUAAAAACUUUGA